CAUAGUUUUGACAGUUUGUUUUUACUGAUACUUGUCAAAAUUUAAUGAAACUAAUGAUUUUACUGAAUAUAUAUUGAUUUUAUACUUCAAACAAAAGUAUGUAUAUAAUUAAUCUACCACAGAACUAAGUAAAAUACAAUUUGUAUAAAAGUUUAGACUCUACAAUUACUCUAUAAAAAAUUUUAUUGAAAUACGAUGUCUCUAAUUGGAGGGGAAACUUCUGAAAGAAGAUUUGAGAUUGAAUGUAAAUUAGAAGCAGAAAUAAAUGCUUUGAAAGCUUUAAAUAAUGCUCGUGUACAAAGUCAGCGCCUAACGAGUGGCAUGGUAGCUAUAAUAUCUUCGUUAGAAGAAAGGCUAGCAACUCUUCGGCGUACAAUUCUUCCGGUUUACAAUGAGACAGGCAAUCUGCAGUCCCAACAACACAACAUCGAAAAAACUUUGACAGUACUGGAUCAUGCAAUUGGCUACUAUGGAGUUUGUCAAGAAGUGGAAGGAUCGGUUCGUGGUGGGCCUAACGGGGCUGGUGGCUUAGACGGUUUUCUUGAAGCAAUGAACCGUUUGUACAAUGCUCAACAUUACUUUCAGAAGAAUAACCCAAGCUCUGUUGAACUGGAGAAUAUUUCAACUUUAUUUGGUGUUGGAUUGGAAGCACUUUAUGCCGAGUUUCAUGAUAUUUUAGCCAGACAAAGUAAACCCAUGCUGCCAAUUGUGCUUUUGGACAUAAUUGGUUCUGAUGAAGACACUAGUGGCGAGGAUGCACCACAGUCUCUCUGUCAGUUGCCAGAAAGUACCAUUGGCGAUUUAGUGAAAAUUGCUGUCUGGCUAGAAGAAAGAGGACUUCGUCGCUAUGCAGAUAUUUAUGCAUCUGUGCGAUCGACAAUUGUUCUCCGAUCAUUACAACUGAUGAAGGAACAUCACAGAAGUGCAAGUGGUGGAAGCACACAUGCCGCUAGUCCCAUGAUGAAAUCAAAAUUCCAGCACCGUCAUUCUUUAAGUGCGCAGGAGAAUGUAGGACGCAAAACAUCGCGGCGUUUGCAACAUGCUUUGGAGAAAAAGGCCAGUAAAAUGUUUCUAAAAGCAUCUCAAACUACUGGAAUAGGCCUCUCAUUUCCUUCUUCAAGGAGACAGUUGCCGACGCCGUCGAACGUUAUUGUGGAAGACACUGCUCCAGAAGAGCAAGAAAUGGAAAACUAUCUUCUGUUAACUGCUAGUUUACAUAAACUUAUUCAGUCAGAGCGCUCUCUGCUUGCUAGAAUUUUACCAUCAUAUUUACAGCCACAAGUUUUAGAAGCAACCGUUCGUGACGCUAUGGAUCUUGUGGUUCAUGAUGGAGAAAAUAUUGCGUCACGAGCGAAGCGUUGCAUUGGAAGGCGCGAUUUUUCUGCUGUUUUAGUUGUUUUUCCAAUUUUAAAACAUCUGGGCGAAUUGAAACCAGAUUUUGAAAGAACUGUUGAGGGUUGCGAUUACACCCUACGAUCAAAAUUUGCAUCACUGAUAUCGACAUUAAAUGCAACGGGAGCUAAAGCGUUGGAAGACUUUGCUGAAAGUGUACGAAAUGAAGCGGGAACCGCUUUACCGAAAGAUGGAACAGUGGCUGAAAGCACUAGUAAUGUAAUAGUAUUUCUUGAACAAUUAAUUGAGUACACUGAUACUGUGAGCAGUGUUCUCAACCGUAACGAAACGGAUUCUUCAUUUGCAUCCAAGGAUAAUUCUCAUCGAGCACUUUUAGGAUCCUACAUAAAAAAAGUGUUAGCCCAAUUAAAUUUAUCUCUAGUGAGUAGAAGUGACAAUUCCUACUCAGAUCCAGCCUUACGUGCUCUCUUCAGACUAAAUAACCAUAAUUAUGUGAUAAACGCUCUUCGCAGAAGUUCCCUAAUGGAAUUAUUAUUAUUGGCUGAACCAAAUGCUGAACAAACGUACGACGACCUUCUUCUACGAAACCAAAUAAAUUACGUAUCCGCCACAUUUAGCAAAGCUAAAGUACCCAUAGAAAAUGCUAAUGAUGAUACAGAAUUAGGAUCGAAAACAAUAAAGGAAAAAUUCUCUGCAUUCACAAAAGAAUUUGAUGAAGUUGCAAAACAUCAGAGAUCAUUUUCAGUGCCGGACGCGCGUUUGAGAUCAGAUUUGAGAAAGGAAUUGUGUAAUUCUCUCACCCCAGUUUAUGUUGAGUUUUACAAUAAGUACAGAAAAACUUCUUUUUCAAAGAAUCCUGGGAAAUAUAUUAAAUACACACCCGAACAAGUUUUGAGUACUAUAAAGACUUUCUUUGAUGGGACGACAUAAAAUUCUACCACUUGUUUUCUGAGAGAAAUAAAAUGUCGGAUUAAUAUUUAUAAAAGUGAAAUCUUAUUACAGCUGUUUUAUUGUUAAAUUAUUUUAAUAAAAUAAAGUUAUAAUAA